GGAUUGGUUGUUCCAUUGGUCCAGGCAGUGUAUGUGACAUGAAGUUUCAGGCUGACGUGAUGGAGACUACAUGCUGAGUUUCAUUAGGAGAACAUGGCUUAUAUAAAGCUUGUGUGCUUGCUGGGAUUUUUGGGGUCUGCCGUCUCAGUGCUACUGGAGAGAGACAACUUUUGUCCGGAUCAUUCCCUGGCUGGGUCUAUCACCUCCCUGGGUGCACUGUGGAGUAGGGGUGACAAGCAGCUGGUGGCGGAAUGUGCAGGGGACUGCUACAGGGAUCCCAGGUGCAAGUCGUUCUUCUACAACACUGUAACCCACACUUGUCAAGGGAUCUCUAACCGGUCCGUGUCAGCUGCAGACGUGGAGCCUGGAGACGCAUGGGUAUAUUACAGAAACUGUACUCAGAACGAUUGCUCGGACGCCUAUAAGUACGGCGUCGUGGACGGUCUCUAUACCGUGACUCCAGGAGGUGGAGAUGCAACUGUCAAGGUGUACUGUGACAUGAAGACACCAGGCGGGGGCUGGUUGGUAAUUCAGAGGCGAAUGGAUGGGUCGGUGGAUUUUAAGAGAACCUGGGACGAGUAUAAAGAAGGAUUCGGCUAUUUGGGGACUGAAUUUUGGCUAGGCAAUGAUUACAUCCAUUGGCUAACGUCUCAGAAAGACUACAAGCUUCGUAUCGACCUAGCAGACUUUGAAGACAAUACCUGUGUGUCCACCUAUGACCAAUUCGCUCUAGCCGACGAGGAUGGAUUAUACAUGCUGUCCACCAGUGGCUACACGGGAGAGUGUCAGGACAGUUUCUCAUAUGGAAACGGUCGCAAUUUUACAACCCUUGACCGAGACAACGACGCCCACUCGUCAAACUGUGGCGCUCUCUACCCUAGUGGCUGGUGGUAUGGAUCGUGUCACUCCUCUCAGCUCAACGGCCAAUACAACAACACGAACUACGCAUCCGGAGUGUGCUGGUCCAAGUGGAAGGGAUAUUAUUACUCUCUUCGAUUCUCGGAAAUGAAAAUUCAACCUGCGUAAACCUCUGACGGAAAUGUAUACUACUCAAUGGGGACAGGCGUUCUACCGUAAACUGGUGUGUUAUGCACGACAGAGUGUGAAGGCCAAUUUGUGGACUGUGCUAGAAGGAACACAUUCUUACACAACAAUGCAGAGUGUGCAUAAUUAAGACUGCACAAAACUACAGCACUGAACUUAAAUUAUCAGACAGGUCACAGUGAUGUGAACAAUAUUUAUUUGCAAAAACAAAUGCUGGAUUGGUCAACAUGCAAAAUUAGUUUUCAAAGACAUGUUCAGUGCACAUAUGUAUAAUGUUUAGAACAUAUGUAAGUACAACGCACUUCCUGGGAACGAUCGAAUGUAUAAAUGUUUUAACUGUUGAUUCUUGUACAGGCAUAUCAAUAUUUGGUCACUCAUCCGUCAAAUUUCGUAGUGUCCACAAGUCUACCAUAACACAUGUUGAAGCUUUAAUGAGGAUUUCAAUGUUGUAACCUUGAUCAAACAACUUCAGAGCAAGAGUCGCAUUGCAUUCUUAGUCUGCCGUCUUGGUGUUAUCGUUUGAUGAUUAGUUCCUAUAGUUUUAAAAAAAGGAAGGGCUACUCACGUUUAUUUUAUGAUGAAGAUUAGGCCAGGGGUCGACGUCGGAUUAAUUUCAUAUUUUAAAGUACAUAGUAUCAGAAGGAUAUUGUUCUGAAGGCGACAUUUCAAACUUCGUAAAUAAUCUAUCAUUGAGAUCACAGUUGUAAUAACAUCAUUGAGAUCACAGUUGUAAUAAUAUCAUUGAUAUGGGUUCCCCACUGACCAUUACACUGCAAAAUUUAUCCAAGAUGUUUAUGAGCAAAAACUGAUUCAAUCCUGAUGUCAUCCAUGAAGAUAUUUGGCAUUUGAGUUUUAUUUCUAAAAAAGAAAAUGGUAAUGUUCGGUUAGGAUCAAAAUGAUCUACAUACGCUUUUGCCCAUGUUGAUAACGAUUCUAUGUCGCUAUUUAGAAAAGUGCUUGAUGAUUCCGGGACAUUAAUAUAUAUAUAUAUUAUCAGCAAAUAAUGGAAUUUUCCACUAUAUCAUUUAUGAUUACUAAAAAUAACAGAGGUCCUAAAGCCGAACCUGGUGGCAGUCCCGCAAGCUCUGGUCUCAAUAGUCCUUUGUUACAGUACAUUGUUCUUCAUUUGACAAACCUUCUACCCUUUUCAAAUGCGGUCAUGCGUCGUACUAAGACGAAAUUUAUGUACAGCACAUUUGUAUAGCUCUAUCAAAGGCGUGUGUGGUUAAGCUUUCAUCAACGUCAUUAAGUGCGCUAUUGUGUCGAAGAAUGUUCUAGUCCAUCACUUGAUUGUCUGGUUUGUUUACAUGUCGCCGUCUCACGACAGGGGAACUGCUGUGCGGCGUCCCCCAGCAAAGUUUAACGCUUACUUGUAUGCAUAUUGUGAGAGUGGAGGGUGGUACCGGUAGCCCAGAGUAUGCUCAUAUUAUUGUUUUCGCAAACACCUUGUGUCACCAUUGCCUUACAGUGGCCAAUUCAUGUAAUUUCACUGCUGUUGUGUCUUUUGCGCCGAGUGGAAUUUGUUUGGGUGGUUAAUCCAGACUGGUUAUUCUCUGGCGUUGACGUUUUAUAUUUUACCUAGGUCACAAAGGAUUGCUCAGUGUUUAUACCUACAUCCAGAGAUUUUCAAAAUGUAAAGCACAAGGUGGUAUGCCAUUUAAUGUAUAUACCAAACUUUAUGAUACAAUGAUAUGGUCGGUGCUGAGCUACGGAGCAGCAGAGUAUUCAGCAGUAAACGCUCUACACCACAGAGCUAUACGUUUCUUUUUGGGACUCGGAAAGUGUGCCCCAAAUGUAGCAGUAAAUGGUGAAAGUGGCUGGGUACCUCCAAUAGUGAGACAGUGGGCAGCUGUGUGUAGACACUGGGCCAGAAUGUGUAACACAUCACAGAGGCGUUUAAACAAUAGAAUAUUCAAGGGCCAGUGACAAUGUCAGACCUCGAUACUAUGAAAACAGCGAUUUUGGAGAAAAUGCGUGAAUUUAGAUCUUCUAUAGAGGGGUCUGUGAAUGGGCUUAAAUCUCAACUAGAUCAGGUCGGCGUCAAAUGCUCUAACUUGGAACAGCAGUUAAGAGUAUCCAAACUGACGUCAAUUGCCUUAAGCAUAAGCAGGAAAUCAUGUAUAGUGAUAUAGAUGCCUUACAUGAGAAAACUGAAAUGUUAGAUCGUGGUCUUGGUGCUGUUGAAAAUAGUGUGAACAGGCUUGAUGCCUUUAGUAGGCGGGACAACGUUGUGUUCUACGGGAUACAGGAGUCAAGUAAGGAAGAUUAUGACACCUCUAAAGAAGCUGUGAUCACAACACUCAAUAGCCACGCGAAGGAGAAGACCUGGAAGAAGGAAGACAUUUUAAGGGCGCAUCGCAUUGGACCAAAAUGAUCGGAUGGUCAAGACAGCCCACGCCCAUUAAUCGCUAAGUUUUCCUUUACAGAGGACAAAAUAUUAGCUCUUCAGUCACGAAAAAAUCUACAAAAUGCAAACAUUGGUAUUGCCAAUGAUCUCACGAAGCGACAGCGCGAAAAUAUUUCUAAGAUGAGAGAAAAGGGGUUAAUUGCAUACCUCAAAAUAGAACGAAAUUCACCAAGCCUUUGGAACAGGAUCAAGCGAGAGGUCGGGAAACUAGGCAGCGACGUCAACAGACAUCUACACAACAGGACACCUAUGCAGAAAGGACAGCACGGAAAACAGCUUCACAGGAAGAGGACAACAGUGACAGGACUCAGUUUACCCAUAGAGAUUCUAAGAGUGUUUCACGAUCGAGCACUAAGAGAAGUUGAGGGUGUGGCCAGGGCCCUGGAUCUGGUUACAAUGGUGAUAAGUGUUGCUCAAUUUUGUCAUGGAACAUUGGAGGUCUUCGUAAGAAGUUAGAGGACAAUGAAUUCAUUGAAUAUAUUAGAAGCUUUGAUAUUGUUAUUUUACCAGAAACUUUCCUUGAUAAAACUGUUGAUGCUCCUGAACUAAAUGAUUAUGAUAUUUACUUUGCCAAAGCUCAUAAAAUUGCAAAUUACGGUAGACUGUCAGGUGGGGUAUGUAUGUAUGUGAAGAAAGCUUUAUCUUCUUAUUGCGUUCAAUACCCCUUGUCUUUUGAUAAUGCCAUUUGCAUAAAAUUAUCUAAAUGCCUAUUCGGUUGUGAUAAAGAUAUUCUUUUAUUUGGAAUGUACAUACCGCCAUAUGGAUCAAACUACUAUGAUACCUCAGGAAAAAGAACAAGUUUUGAACAACAGGAACAGUGGUUGAUUGAACAUUCAUCUGAACUGUUAGAUUUUUACGUACCGGUAUGUGGUGAUUUAAAUGAACGUACUGGUAAUAACAAUAAUCACCCUGAGCCGGGUAAUGAUGAGGAAACAAGUGUAUUCCCCGAGGAGGAACCUGUGCAUGUCGUGGAGAGAUCUUCAACGGAUACAUUUAUGAAUAGAUUUGGUAAAAUGUUGUUAGAUUUUUGUUUUGCAUUCAACAUUUAUGUCUUAAAUGGGAGGUUCAAGGGGGAUGAGCAGGGGGAAUUUACUUAUGUAUCUGACCAAGGUUGUAGUGUUGUUGAUUAUUUUAUUGCCUCUCCUGCUCUUUUUGAAUACUUCACUCGCUUCACAGUCGAACAGAGGCUAGAUUCAAAACAUAUGCCCUUGUUGCUAUAUUUUAACAGGCCACCCAUUAGUAAGGUAGAAGUAGAUGAUUCAACAGAAUGUAGAUCAUCCAAAUACCAGUGGAAUGUGGAUAAUGUCAAUACAUUUGUUGACAACCUUAAAUCGAUCUAUUUUGCAACUUCUGCUAAUCUCAUGGCUAGCGUUAAUGUCAACAUCAAUUCAGCUCUUGAUAUGUUUGUUUCCACUUUGCUAGAUGCUGCAAGUUGUAUGAAAAAAACAGUUUACCAUAAAAAUGUUAGAAAUGGAUUUUACAGUUAUGAGUGUAGGAUAGCUAAGCAUAAAGCUAAGAAAUAUCUUAGACUAUUUCGGAGAUAUUAAUCAAACUUAUUCAGAAGACAAUACUGUACUUUAUGGAAUAGAUAUAAAUUUGUCUGCCAAAAGUCAACAUUUUUAGCAAUGUGUUCAAUGCUGAUAUCUUAUGUGAUCAGAAUGUCUCCUCAUCGAAUGUAGACAACGAAGUAAAUUUAGAACCCAACUUUGCUAAUGUGGUAAACAAUGUGGAAGAGUAUAUAUUGGACUCCACUAUAACCGAUGAAGAGAUACAUAAUGCUAUAUCUCAUUUGAAAGAUGGCAAAGCUUCAGGUAUAGAUGAUGUGGUAAUUGAAAUGUUAAAAGUCUCUGAUGUCAUGCCCUUUUUGAAUGUGUUAUUUAAUAGAAUAUUUGAGUCUGGUGUUUUUCCUGAUGUUUGAUCAAAAGCUAUUAUCAUUCCUGUUCAUAAAAAAGGAGAGAAAAGUAAUCCUGAUAACUAUCGCGGUAUUUCACUUUUCAGUGUUAUAGGUAAAGUUUACACGUCUGUUUUAAGUAAACGACUAACUAUAUGGGCAAACAUCAAGAACAGAAUACCAGAAACACAGGCCGGUUUCAGAAAGGGUUAUGCAACCACUGACCACAUAUUUACUCUGUAUGCUAUUAUUCAGAAAUGUUUAUGUAAAAAGAAAUCAAAACUUUAUGCUGCAUUUGUAGAUUUUGAAAGGCUUUUGAUUUUGUUAACCGUGAUAAGUUGUUGAAUCUCUUAAUGUCUUAUGGUAUAAGUAGUAAAAUGUUAAAAGCUUUAAGAAGUUUAUAUAAAAGUGUUAAAUCGUGUGUAAAAUGUGAUCUAGGUUUCACAGAUUAUUUUGACUGCCCUACUGGUCUACGACAAGGAUGUAUUUUGAGUCCAUUACUGUUUUCACUUUUCAUAAGCGAAUUAUCAAAUGAAGUUAUUUCUAGUGGAAAGCAUAAUGUACAGUUAUUCCCUGAUUUAAUAGAGAUACUGUUAUUGUUGUUUGCCGACGAUGUUAUUUUAACAUCAGAUAGUGUCACGGGGCUAUAGACUCAGUUGAAUAUUCUAGAAACCCACACAGAAAAAUGGAAUUUAACGGUAAAUCUGGGAAAAACAAAAGUUGUUGGAUUCAGACGAGGUGGGGUGCUUUCAAAAAAUGAUAUUUGAUAUUAUAGGAGGGGGGGGGGGAGGUUGAGGUAGUGUCAAGCUACAAAUAUCUUGGUUUACCUCUUUAUUCAUCAGGAAAAUUCAGUAAUAGCAUAUCUGAUCUAGCACUAAGUGCAAAAAGAGCUUUGAUCGAAUUGAUUGCAACUUUAAGUAAAAUUGAUCUUAUUUCAAAGUCAGUGUUUUUUAAGAUAUUCGAUUCGCAAAUACAACCUAGAUUUUUAUAUGGCUCUGAAGUGUGGGGAUUUCAGCAAUAUGACAAAUUGGAAAAAGUUCAUCUAUUAGCCUGUAAGAACUUCUUUUUUCCCAUGGCUUUGGUUUUGGAUGGAUAUCGCAAACAGUUGGGAACCAGCUUUCAUUUCUACGACUUUUGAAGGAUACUUGUAUAAACAUCUUUUACCAAAACUGGAGAUCAGUCUUACACUCUAGUUCAAUAUAUCAUUUAUAUGCAGAGUUUAAAAGUCUUUUAGAACCUGAAAAAUAUCUUUCAGUUUUGUAAUGAAAGAAAAUUUAGAAUCAUAAUUGUAAGAUUUAGAGCAGGUCUUUUAAAAUUGAAGAAUAAUGAAGGCAAAUAUCUGUCGAUAGAAAAGUCUUUUCGAAAAUGUCCAGUCUGCAAUAAUGGUAUAGAGGAUGAAUUUCAUUUUUUACUCAUUUGUUCAAGUUAUAAUGAUCUCAGAAAAUAAUACUUAACGGCAAAACUUUGUCGAUAUCCUAGCUUGAACCAUUUCAAAUCUAUAAUGUGUAAUAACAAUGAAGCAGUCUUUAGCAGUUUAUCACGUUUCCUAUAUAUUACGCUUAUGCAAAAAGAACAAGUAGUACAAUUCAAUUAUGACAUAAGUCAUGUGUCACGUUACUUUACCGUUGCAUCUGUGAACAAUUGGUAUAUUGUGAACUGUAAUUGUAUAUGGGCCCGAGGCCUUCAUGCAAAUAAAAGUUCUUCUUCUCCUU